AGCCACGUGGUGGUGAAGGAGGGCUCCAGUGCGCUCAUCCAGUGCAACGUGACCGGGGUGCAUGGAGAUGUGAAGUGGUUCAACUCCAGAGGAGCGCUGCUGGACGAAGAGGCAGGUGAGAAGUGGCAGAUUCCAGAGAAAGGCAUCCUGAACAUCACGGCCGUCUCCUUCGAGGACCGCGGCCGCUACACCUGUGUGGCGUCCAGCGGCGCCGGCGUCACCACCAACUACACCGUGACUCUGCGGGUGGCGUACACGGACAGCGGGCUGGGCCUGUACUUCGUCAUCGUGUGCCUGGCGGCCUUCGCCGUCACCAUGGUCCUGAACGUGGCGCGGCUGUGCAUGGUCAGCAGCCACCUGAAGGAGACCGAGCGCGCCAUCAACGACUUCUUCCGCACCGAGGGCGCCGAGAAGCUGCAGAAGGCCUUCGAGGUCGCCAAGCGGAUCCCCAUCGUCACCUCGGCCAAGACGCUGGAGCUCGCCAAGGUCACGCAGUUCAAGACGCUGGUUGCCCGCCACGUGGAGGAGCUGGCGCGCAGCGUGCCGCUGCCGCCGCUCAUCCUCAACUGCCGCAUGUUCGCAGAGGAGACGGCAGAGCGGCCCAACCCACCGGGCGACGCGGCGGCGAGCGGGCAGGGCGCCGGCUCGCCGAGCGCCGGCCGCAGGGCGGAGGAACAGGGUCUGCUGGCGGGAGGAAAGCGCGGCGGCGCCGGCGGCGUCGGCGGCGUCGACGUCACGGUGUCGGUCCACACGGUUUCUGAGACGGUUCUCGGCGAGGGAGACGUGGACCUGGGCGAUCCAGGGCCCCGGUCACAUGACGCCACGACGGGUCCCUGUGAGGCCGCAACGCCGGGGGCGGGACACGGCCCCUGAAGGUGCAAGUUUUGGAAAACUUUUUUGGAAAAAUGAAAAAAAAAAAAAACCCUUUUGAAAACAAUCCCCUGUGCUCUGACUCC